GGGUUAGAACACUAUUUUACGCUUAUUACGUUUCACCCACCGAAUGAAAGGGAAAGAGGAGACAGCUUUAUUCCCGCAAUCUUGAUAGGAUUUCUCGGCGGAAAACCCAAAAUUCUACAUUGUAAUCUAUGGGAAACAAUCCAAGACUAGAGGCAUCUGUCCUCUAUUGAUUCAAUUUCCUAUGUUUUUUCCUCACACAACAGACUUUGAGUCCACUCUCCUCCUAAGUAGAGGAAUUUAAUUCUCCUUGGAAUUUGGAUAAUAAUCUGAUAGGGGCCUUACUGAAUAAUAUGAUGGUUGAUCUUCCGCCCAUUAGUCUGGUUUUCGGAUCCUUUGCUUCAGUAUAGAGGAAUUGAAGAAGACCUUGCUCCAUUCCUUGAAUUUGCUGUCAUUUUGGAAAUGUUUUUCUUAAGGUGAUACUGGCUGUGAUCUGGAUAAGGAAAGACCAUUAAGGGUUGUUCUCAACAGAGACUAAUUGAUUGCUGGUUUGCACUCCCCCCCAGUUUCUGUGAGCCUAGGAUUCUCUAUCAGUUUCAUCUGGUCAUCCCCGAGUUCUGUUUCACAAGCGGUUUGCUUUGAACUUGUGGCUUUUGGGGCUGUAAAUGAUACUAUAGAAAAAGAAGUGAUUUGAAGGAUAGACUUUGAUUUUGGAUGGUAUAAUGGGUGCUACCUGUUGUUGUUUGCGAGAUGAUUGCGAUGAUUUUGCUAAUCCAAACAGCUCGAUAUACCGGAACUGUAUAUGCAUGCGGUAUCUUCUUCAGAGUUUAUUGCACGUGUAUACAUCAUUAUUUCAUAGAGAACCACGUUCCAUCACUUCAUCCACUCAAGCGACAGCAUCGUUGAGUUCUGCUGUUUCACUUGAUAACUCUCUAUCUGACAUGUAUCGCUCUCCUCCAAGACCAUUGCCUUAUGAUGCUGAUCCCAGAUAUUUCCGGUUACAACGAGAUGGAUUAGUCUCGAGAAGGGAAAAGGGGUCGAGUCACUCGCAUGAGGAGACUGAACCAUUACGAAGAGGUGAUAUUGAUGAUGAAACAGAUUCUCUGAGUACUGGAAACAAAUGGGAUGCUUCUUGUGAGGAAGGAUCAAAAGACUACAACUCAAAAUCUUCACUGAAGCUCUCGACAGCUAAAACAACAACUGGAUUUGCUCAUAUUUAUUAUUCCUCUUCUUCUUCAGAAGAUGAAGAUGCCUGCCCAACUUGCCUUGAAGAAUAUACAGAAGAAAACCCAAAAAUAAUCCUGAAAUGCUCUCAUCAUUUCCAUCUUGGUUGCAUAUAUGAAUGGAUGGAGAGAAGUGAUAAUUGUCCAGUGUGUGGCAAGGAGAUGGCAUUCGAUGAGACAACUGAUCUUGCUUAACAUAUUCCGGUGUUGGAGACCAACAAAGACACAAUGAUCCUGAAAUACAAUGUAAAGUUUCUGUUAAUAGUUAAAAAAUGUUGCCUUACAUAGAACAUAAAGUAAUUGUUUUGCAAAACCUAUUUGAGUGCAUUCUUCAUGGUGGCAUUGUUUUCUCUACUUUGACUGGAGUGCAAUUAUAUAUAAUUAUAUAUAUAUAGUAACUUGUAAGAAGAUGCAGAGUUGGUUUAGCCAUCAUUGUGGUUGAUAAAAGCAACCAAGCAUCUGCAACUACUUUGAUGUUCUGGUGUAUAUAUUAUUUUGCUUGACCCCACAAAACUGAAAUCUUUUCUGUUCUGUACACUGACUGGCUUUUUAAUGCGCACAAAGUUGGCAAAUUAUACCA